GGCUCUCCGCCUUGCGCGCGCCCCAGCCCCCGAUCGCACCAGCGGGGCUCCCCAAGCUCCAGCCCCACGGAGCUCGGAAGCGGGGUUCCGCGGCUGCGGGGCCCGCCCGGCUCACUUCCCCAGCCCUGUCCACGCGCGCCAGGGCCUCCCUGGGGCGCGUUCAUCCUGAGCAGUCACAGGCUGCUCUGGUCUCAGUGUGCUCGCAUCUGGACCUUAGCUGUGGGCUGAGGACGGUCACCUCCGCGUGCUCUGGGGCGCACGGGCGGGGCUGGGGACCACAGAGGCCUCUGGGCAUCUGGGAACCAACCGGGCAGCCCGGGCCUGCGGGGCAGGCAGGGCGCAAUGGAUGGGUUCGCAAGCCAGAUACCCAAGCCCCUCGGCCCAAGGAGACUUCCUAGGGGAACUGGGGCCCCACAGAGGAAAGUAGAGCGACUUGGACAUAUUUUGAUGCUGAUGGGAAGGAGCCAAUAGAGAGUCAGUGAUGACAGAGGAGACAAUAGAGUGACUGGAGAGAGAGGGACACAGAAGCUGCAUGGGCAGAUAAGGCUUGAGUGCCUCCUCGGUUCCAAACCAAGGCUGGGUAACCAAGAUCCACUGGAAGAAGAUGUUACCUGAGGUCCCCCAGGCACACUGGACAAGGCAGGGCUGAAGGACCUAGAACUUGAAUUUUUGGACCUGCCCCCAGAACCCUGGAGGUUUCUACUGGGAAGGUGAGCACCCCCACUGAGAAUUUCUGCUGCUCAGAGGCCCCAGGUGGCAAGACAAGUGGCCAGCUGUGGCCUUUCCACCGGUGAGCCCCUGAGGAAGUGGAAGAAGUCCGAGACAGUCUGCAGUUCUCAGACAAGAGGAACUCUGUGGUCUCUGAAAGUCUGUGACGUGGUUCUUUUACUCUGACUCGUUCCCUUGCUCUUUCUCACUCUGAAAAAUGACUGGACACUCCUGAAGCCUUCAGUCACCUUCCAGGGGAUUUUUUUAACCACAAAGGGUAAUUCCUGUUCCAUCCCCACUGUGACUCAGCUGUGACGUUGAACCACACAAGCCAGAGAGAAGAUAAAGUCACCAGAGAGUCCUGCUCACCAGAGAGGGUAGCCUGGACUGGAACACACCUCCUCCCUCCCCACAUACUCCGUGGGGCCUGUCCUCUGGCCAGCCUCAGACCCUGGGAUGGCCUCCAGCUCAGCCAGCAGCCCCCGUCCGGCCCCCGAUGAGAACGAGUUCCCCUUUGGGUGUCCCUCCACCACCUGCCAGGACCUGCCAGGACCCAGGGCCCUCUGCUGCACAGCCUGCCGCCCCGAGAACCUAAGGAACAGCAAGGAUCAGAUCUGUCCCAAAAGCAGAGGGGACACCCUCCAAUCUGAAAGCCCAGGAAGCCUUCUGACCCAGGAGAAGGUUCACCCCGAGGUGGCUGAUGCUGGAGUUGGGUGCCCCUUUGCAGGUGUUGGCUGCUCCUUCAAGCAGGGCAGCCCCCAGUCCCUACAGGAGCAUGAGGCCACCUCCCAGGCCACCCACCUGAACCUGCUGCUGGGGUUCAUGAAACAGUGGAAGGCCCAGCUGGGCUCAGGCACAGGUUCCGGGCCCACAGCCCUGGAGCGGAACCUGUCAGACCUGCAGCUGCAGGCAGCCGUGGAGGUGCCAGGGGACCUGGAGGUGGAUUGCUACCGAGCUCCCUGCUCCGAGAGCCAGGAGGAGCUGGCCCUGCAGCACUUCAUGAAGGAGAAGCUGCUGGCCGAGCUGGAGGAGAAGCUUCGUGUGUUUGAGAACAUCGUCGCUGUCCUCAACAAGGAGGUGGAAGCCUCCCACCUGGCCUUGGCCGCCUCCAUCCACCAGAGCCAACUGGACCAAGAGCGCAUCCUGAGCUUGGAGCAGAGGGUGAUGGAGUUGCAGCAGACCCUGGCCCAGAAAGACCAGGCACUGGGAAAGCUGGAGCAGGGUCUGCGCCUCAUGGAGGAGGCCUCCUUCGAUGGCACCUUCGUGUGGAAGAUCACCAAUGUCACCAGGAGGUGCCAUGAGUCUGCUUGUGGCCGGACUGUCAGUCUCUUCUCCCCAGCUUUCUACACUGCCAAGUAUGGCUACAAGUUGUGCCUGAGGCUCUACCUGAAUGGGGAUGGCACAGGCAAGAGGACCCACCUGUCGCUUUUCAUCGUGAUCAUGAGAGGAGAGUAUGAUGCUCUGCUGCCAUGGCCUUUCCGGAACAAGGUCACCUUCAUGCUGCUAGACCAGAACAACCGUGAGCACGCCAUUGAUGCCUUCCGGCCUGACCUGAGCUCAGCAUCCUUCCAGCGGCCCCAGAGUGAAACCAACGUGGCCAGCGGCUGCCCGCUCUUCUUCCCCCUCAACAAGCUGCAGUCGCCCAAGCACGCCUAUGUGAAGGAUGACACCAUGUUCCUCAAGUGCAUCGUGGAGACCGGCUCUUAGAGCAGCAGGGCCUCCUGAGGGAGCACCAGUCCAGCCUGGGAGCUGGCAGGGUGACUGAUAGCCUGCCCCUGUGCCCACAUCCCAGGAACAGGACAGACAGCUUGACUGUGGCUGCUGGCAGGAUGGCAGGACCUGGGGCUGGCCCAAAAGGGCAGAGGGUUUAGAAGAGGGCAGGCAGAAUUGCUCCCCUCAGCACAGACCACACAACAUGGGGCACCAGCGAGCCACUCAGGCCUGAAUGUUGGGGCGGAGAGGCUGAGCCAGGCAGGGUGGUACAUGCCUGUAAUCCCAGCACUUUGAAAGGCUGAGGCAGGAGGAUUGCAAUUCCUGGCCCAGCCUGGGCAACUUAGUGACUCAGUGAGAUCCUGUCUCAAAAUUAAAACAGGCAAUAAAAAGGGGGUCUGGGGGUGUAGCUUAAAGCCUCCAGGUUCAAUCCCCAAGUACUACAAAAAAAAUGGGGAGAGACUGUACUGGGCCUGAGAUAUAAAUGGUGAGCUAGAGCUUCAGGCCUGAGCAGAGAGGAUCUCAGGAUAGGAGGGUCUCUGCAGGGCCCCCACAGAGAGCUGCCAAGAAACAUCUUGUUCUCUCCCUGCUGGCCUCAGGACCAGGCCUGGGGGAUGAAAGAGGGAGGUGUCAGCCUGAAUUCAGCCUGUCCAGGCCUGGGUGAGUGUCCUGUCGCUGGAGGUGAACACGCAAAUCUAGAGGAUUGCUUCUGGGGAAGGGCAUCGAGUUGAGUGCUGGAUUUGAAGACCUUAAAUAUCAAGAAAGCCAGAGACAUCUCUCAUUCUGGGCCUCCUGGCCCAAGUGAGGCCUAGGGCCACAGGGAAGCAUUCAGGAGCUCACACUCCCACCCUCCUCGCUCGCCUUCAGCAUCACAGGCGAGCUGAGCUGGCGCCCGGGGCACCUGCCACCCUGGGUCUGGUGGCUCGGUUUCUUCAGCGUGCACCUGCCUCCCUGGCUGCUGCCUGACCAGCCAAGGUCCCCACCACUCUGCCCAGGUGGUGCCAGGUCAAUGGAAGCUCCCAGAAGCCUCCAGAAGGAGUGUGGAGAAGGCCGGGCAGGACCCACUUCCCUGCCUGGAGGCCUAACCCAGUGCUUUCCCAGAAUUCCAUGUCAGCGAUAAACUGAGGUAUUCAGUUCUUUCUGUUGACUGAUCAGGGCCGCUGAGCCACCAUGGUAGAAGUUGUCCUUUUAAAUAUAUGAAACCAGAGAAUUUCUUAA